AUGGAGGAAGUCGACAGUGUUUUGGUUGAUAACGUGAAAAGUUUCGGUGCCGGUGGUUUUGGUGGUGUUUGUGCCGUCUUAACUGGCCACCCAUUCGACUUGGUCAAGGUUCGUUUGCAAACUGGUGUUUACCAGUCCACCGCCGAGUGUCUUAAGGGCACCUUGGCCAAGGACGGUGCUCUUGGUUUCUACAGAGGUGUGUUGCCUCCAUUGUUGGGUGUUACUCCUAUGUUCGCUGUUUCCUUCUGGGGUUACGACAUGGGUAAGAAGAUUGUCGGUUCUUACACUGGCAAGAAGGCCGAGGACUUUACUGUUGGUGAGACCUCUACUGCUGGUUUCAUCUCUGCUGUUCCAACUACUUUGGUCGCUGCUCCAUUCGAGAGAGUCAAGGUUAUGAUGCAGGUUGCUGACGGUAAGAAGACCACUAUGGGUUCUGUCAUUGCUGAGAUGUACAAGACCGGUGGUAUCAGAUCCAUUUUCAAGGGUUCCGCUGCUACUUUGGCCAGAGACGGUCCAGGUUCUGCUCUUUACUUUGCUACCUACGAGAUCUUGAAGGAGAAGUUGUCCACUCCAGGUAAGGACUUGUCGUUGGGUGCCAUUUCUGUUGCCGGUGGUUUUGCUGGUGUUGCCAUGUGGCUCGGUGUUUUCCCAAUUGACACCAUCAAGUCUACCCAGCAAUCUUCCAACGUCAACAUUUCUAUCGCUACUGCCACCAAGCAGAUCUACGGCAAGGGUGGUAUCAAGGCCUUCUUCCCAGGUGUGGGUCCAGCUUUGGCCAGAUCUUUCCCAGCCAACGCUGCCACCUUCGUUGGUGUGGAGGUUGCUAAGAACUUCUUUGAGAAGCUUGCGCCAUCUGCCAAGAGACUUUAG